AGACUGCGGGCUCAACCAUAGAGCGACACCGCGCCAAGAGAGAUUUAAAGAUGCCUCCCAAGAAGAAGUUGAAAAUUGACAGAGACAAACGUUCAAAGACAGCCGAAAAAGAGGAGAGUGCCAAACCAAGCAAGAUUCCAAAGAAUGAAGUGCAAUACACAAGAUGGCUUAUGAAAUCUGAACCUGAAAGUAGAUUCGAGAAAGGAGUAGAUGUAAAGUUUGGCAUUGAGGACUUAAAGAAAGAACCAAAUCAAACAGCUUGUUGGGAUGGUGUGAGAAAUUACCAGGCUCGAAAUUUCAUGCGUGAUCAAAUGAAGAAUGGCCACCUUGCAUUCUUUUAUCACAGUAACUGUAAAAAUCCUGGCAUAGCUGCAAUUGUGGAGAUUGUCAAAGAAAGCUAUGUGGAUUAUACACAAUUUGAUAAAACAGAUCCUCAUUAUGACCCGAAUUCCAAGAAAGAGAACCCCAAAUGGUUCAUGGUGGAUGUAAAGUUUGUCCGUAUGAUGAAGCGCUUUAUACCUCUUCAAGAACUGAAAGCUCUUCAUCAAGAACACAAAGCCACUGAUGGUCCAUUAAAGUCAGUGGCACUCUUCACAUCAGCCCGAUUAUCAGUUCAACCAGUUACUGAAGAUGAGUUUGAAUACAUUUGUAGUUUGGAGGACAAACCAGUUGGUGCCAGUUAAAUUCUGCAAAAUUAAUAGUGCUGCUACACCUUAUUCUGAAAUUUUUCAAUGAAAAGCAGACUAUCCUGUGGCUAAAUGUUCAAAUGUAAAAUUGAGGACUUUCUCAACAAAUAAAUAAUGUUCCUGUUCCAGAAGUAGAUAGAAUUGUUCCCGAGUUGGGUUUUGUUUAUAGAUGUUGCUGAAAAGUAACCUUAAACACCUAAAUUUUUUGGAUUGUUAAUUUUACAUGGCAUAACUAUUCAUUUAGUCCUGUGGGACAAAAAUCCAAGGAGGGUUAUUCAACUGUAUUCCAUGUUAUUUAACAAAUAAAGAAGCCUUGACUGUG